CUUUUGGUCGAGCUGCUGUCAAUAUUCUUUUCACCUGCGCACCUGCUUCAAAAGCCCUUUACCCUUUGAAUAAUAAGGUCAGCUUCAUAGUUCCAACCUAGAUAAGGCUUUUUUAUGCCCUUUUUUUAGGUUGGGUUGCUGGAUACGGGAUCCUCGUAGUAGGCUGGACCAAGAUCCAGCCGAGAGAGGGCAGCCUUUAGAAGGAAGAGGUUGGGAAAGCAAGAGAAGGCUGAGCCUUUUCUUAUCUUUUUCCCUAGGCUCGCCCCUCUCCCUAUGGUCGAGUCUCUUCGCCCCUCUCCUUACAGUCUCAAUCAAAUUCUUUGACCCUCUCCUUACAGAAAAAAAAGAGGAUUUGGAUUAUUGACCCAAUGAGAAAGCACUAACAUCUUCCUCGUUGGGGCUUCGCGCACUGGGAAGACGCUAAGGCGACGGGAAAUCGGCCGUCAGUCUGAGGAAGCCCACGGAGCGGUAUCGAGAGGGCUAUCACAGUCAGGUGGAAAUUACCCCCGUACCCCUCUUUCAUUAUUAUGUUAGGGGGUUGAGGCGAGAAAUGGCUUGAUUCACCCUUCCGUUCGCCACGCACCGGCCCCAUUCACUUGCUUAUCGUAGAGGGACUUGCUGUUGCUGUUGAAGUAUACAGUGCCCUGCUGUUGCUGCUAUUGACGGACUUGCUUUGGGUGGAGGGUUAGAGGUCGCUAUGGCAUGCCAUGCACGAUUAUCAACCAAAACUGCACAGUUAGGAUUACCUGAACUUCAGCUUGGUUUAAUUCCAGGUUUUGGAGGUCAUAAGUGGUCACUUUGGGUGGUAAGGACCGUUGCAUUUGAUCCAAGUAACAUGUGGUUUUGUACUGAUUCAGCAGAUUGUACAAUCAAGUUCUCAGCAGAAGACUUAUCAAUACAAUGUCUGUCAAUGAAGAGGGUGUUAUGGUGAUUGGAGGUGCUUUUUUAUUGUUGUGAUCGUGACUAAACUUGGAUGGAAAUGUUGUUGGAUAAACUAAGCUCAGCCUCCCCUCUACUUUCUUUUUUCUUGAAACAUAUAUAUCGAGCAUUACACGUGGCUUUAAAUGUGUUUUACGUAAAUUUUUAUAAAAUUUUAAACUGUGAAUUACUUUUAACGUAAAGUCUUGAUUCAACUUU